UUAUAUUAUUCUAUUUCAUAUUUUUGUUUUGCAGACAUUGAUAAGCUUGUUGUUGGGAUGAAUGUCAACAUUAAGCGUUCUGAUGGACGCAUCCAUGGUGCAUUAGUUACACAAAUUGCUAGACUCACUGGAAUGAUUUCUGUUGAAUGGUUUGAAAGGGGUGAGACAAAAGGAAAGGAUAUUGAGCUGGCCGCAAUUGUUAAGAACAAUCCUGAACUGUUUACACCUUCGGGUCUUCAUACAUCCCGAUCUCGUCAAUCCAUUUCAUCAUUGAAUCACGGACAAACUCAACCGCCAACAACUGCUUCCUCUUCUGCAAUUAAUACAACUGUUGCCUUUGUUGACAAUGAUAAGGUUAUUGGUGAGCGAAGACGUACACAUGCCAUCCCUAAUGUCAACAAUAAGUCUGAUAAGAAAGAAGUUGCAGUACUGGUUGACAUUGACGAGGAUGUUAUUAUUAGUUCAGAACCAGUGCAUUUUACGGAUGAGAAUCAGCCUAAUAACAUUCCUGCUUCCUCUGCGGCACAAUUAUCGAGACGGUCUAAAUUACUAACAAAUAUUGAGGAUAUGGAGAGGAAUCGUGAACAAAGGAGGGUUCAACAGGAUGUGGCACGCAAACAACGAGAACUCCAAAUGCAAAUCGAUCCAGGAAAUCCUCAUUGGGAGUUUCUUUCCAUGAUCCGCGAUUACCAAUCUCAACUUGUCUAUCGUCCUCUUCGAAUUACAGAUCCGGUUUUAGACAACCGAAUUUGUGUCUGUGUUCGCAAAAGACCGUUAAGUAAAAAAGAAUUGAUUGGUAAAGAGGUGGAGGUGGUUACUAUUCCAAACAAGGAUCGAGUUAUUGUACACCAGCCUCAAACAAAAGUUGAUUUAACAAAAUAUCUGGUUAAUCAACAAUUUAAAUUUGACUACACCUUUAAUGAAAAUUCUUCAAAUGAACUGGUUUACAAAUUUAGUGCACAGCCUCUUGUCAGGACUAUUUUUCAAAGAGGUUUCGCUACUUGUUUUGCAUAUGGUCAAACAGGCUCUGGAAAGACACAUACAAUGGGCGGUAUAAUUGAGGGAAAACAUCUUGAUUGUAGUGCUGGCAUUUAUGCAAUGACUGCUAAUGAUGUCUUUGCUUUAUUACAUUCGCCUGAAUAUAAAAAUGAAUGUUUAAUGGUCGCCUGCAGUUUUUUCGAGAUCUACGGGGCAAUGGUUUUUGAUUUGCUCAACAAAAAGGCAAAGCUACGCGUCUUAGAAGAUGCAAAACGCGUCGUUCAAGUUGUUGGUUUAAAGGAGUUGAAGGUUAACAGCGUUGAAGAUGUAUUAAAAAUAAUCAAACUUGGCUCAAAUCAACGUACCGCUGGACAAACUUCCGCUAAUUCUAAUUCGUCUCGUUCUCACGCUGUGUUCCAAAUUAUUCUUAGGAAGCGUGAAAAAAAUGAAGAUGCUUUAUAUGGUAAAUUUUCUCUUAUUGACUUGGCGGGUAAUGAACGUGGAGCUGAUACAAUUAGCUCUGACAGACAAACUCGUCUUGAAGGAGCUGAGAUUAACAAGUCUUUGUUGGCAUUGAAAGAAUGUAUUCGGGCUAUGGGACGUGAUGAACAACAUAUUCCCUUCCGGGGCUCUAAGCUCACUUUAAUUCUUCGCGAUUCAUUUGUGGGGAAAUAUGCUAAAACUUGCAUGAUUGCUAUGAUCAGCCCUGGAAUUAGCUGUGUUGAAAACACCAUGAAUACACUCCGAUAUGCUGAUAGAGUUAAAGAACUUGGUGGUGAGAGGGAUGAUCAAGACGAACAACAAGCAGAGGACGAUGAAAACUUUUUGUGGAGCGAUGACGAAUAA